AUGGGAGGCAACAAAAAGAAAGCAAAUACGCAAAACCAAAAUCAACAGCCGCCGAAGUCGCAACGCUCUGAUGCUGCUACAGCCGCAGCAAAGCCCGCCGCUAAGCCCGAAAAGGGACAGCAUAAGGCGAGGCGCGCUGGACAGAAUGCUGGUGCUUCCGCGGGCUUAGCAACCCCGUCGAGCACAAACAGCAGCAGCAUCUGCUCCUUCGGUCCUCUUGCCGACGGAGAUGAGAGCCAUGCGGACAACGACAGCAGUGAUGCUGAGUCUGCUCACGACGAUAACAUCGGGAGUCGAACCGACGACGACGUCCACACCGGCAACGGUGAUGGACGCGCGUGGGGGGAAGUCGAUGACGACGACGUAGACGGACAUGACUACGACGACGGCCUCGCGCAGGAUAUCCUGCGGGACCGCGCGAAAGCACCCCGUCAACCGGGCGCGUCGCUCCUGUCGAGCGGCAGCCCACUCGAGUCAGUUCUGGUCGCUGAGGUCCAGAAAGCAGCGAAGGCCGGGGAGGAGCCCCCAGCCUGGGUCAUCAAGAUGCUCAUGCCAGGCGCCGGCCACCAGAACGACAUAGAGAAGGUGAACCCGAGAUCGCUUGCCCAGGAUCUAGCAGCAGAAAAUAGUUCUAGCAGGCGCACCCCAAGUGUUCCGCAAAUUUCUUCUGCUCAUCAGAACACAACAAUUUCACACAAUACCCCGGACAACCUCAACGCGGUAAACCAAAAACCAAUGAGCCAGGUAAACCAGCAAACGGUAAACCAGGACACGUCUAACCCGGUAACCCAGAACACGGCAAACCAGGGCGUGAUUAGCACGACACGAUUCACUUUGAAGGCUACCGACCUUCCGCCUGACCUCAAGCUCGAAGGUCUGCCUCACGAAGAUGUUCCGGAAAAAAUGGCCCUUUACAGAGCACACAUCGGGCUAUUGUCCGCCGACAACGUCUCUCAAAGCACAAUCGAUCACCGUGCAAUCAGACACCUCCCACUUUUCGUACGAGGUACUGCAGCUCAAAGCCUCAGCCUCAUGCUUAGCUCAUCACUCGAAUGGCGACCACCAGCCCAGCUGCAUGCGUUGCGUGCGCGUGGGGAAGCAAUCCGAAUCUCACCUCCGAAAACAUGGAAAGAGUGGGUCACCGCUUUCACUACUUCGUUCGCCCCUGCCAACAGAAUCGCUCUUCUUGCACGUGAUGUCAUGACAUUGGAAGCAAAGACUAGCGAAUCCGUUGACGAGUUUGCGCUCAGAGUAACCCGCACGUACGCCAGGCUUUUAGCAGAAGCCGAACGCACAGCUCCGCUGAAGUAA